AUGGAAGACACAGAAAUGGCAGAGGAGGAAGAAUGUGAAGUUAAAAGCAUGUAAAUUGAUGAUUAAAUUUAUCUAGAAGAAUAUAACAAUAACUAUAUGCAAGGUUUAAUUAUGCCUCCUCUUUAAGUUUCUUAAAUGCCAAUCGAAGAAUAAAAGUAGAAUCAAUAGCAUGCUUAAAUAAAUCAAAGAACUAGCUCUCCUAAAUUUUAAUCGAAAUAAUUCGAGACAUAAAGUUCUAAAGUUUCACAAACUUAUGAUGAUUUGAUUAUGGACUAAUCAAGCUUAGGCUUUUGGAAAACAGCAACUAUUAUUUAGAGUUUCAUAGAUGAAGAUGCUUUCAUGGAUUAAAACCUGGUUUUAGAGGUUAAGUCUUUGUUAAGUGAUUUGAAUGCUUUUGAAUAAGUUUGGAUUACAUUGCUAGCGCUCUACAUUUUACAGAAGAAAUUUAGUGCAAAUAAAAAUGAAUGGCAGCUAGUGGCUCAAAAAGGUAAAGACUAUAUUAGAUCAAUGGGUAUCUAAAAACCAGAUAAUAUAGUAAAGAAAAUAGGCUACAAGUUAAUUUGA